AUGCGUGUUGUGCGACAGAACGCGUCAGUGACGGACCUAGGACUGGAGGUCCUCCAAAAGACAGAAUGUAUGUUUUUCCACAACGGGAGGCGCGGAAGGUCUUCUCCAUCUUGGGUCCUGGUAAGAACGGUCCACGUCGGGGUGACUCCCAUAAUCAAAUAUCUGGGCCUUGAUGGCCGAUGGAACUUCAGCGAGCAUUUCACGUCGCUGGCCCCUAGGGUGGGCAAAAUGACGAACAUGCUCACCCGUCUGAUGCCCAACCUGGGCGGUCCGAAUGACUUAGUAUACAAAAUGUACGCGGGUGCCGUCCUGUAUCAUGUACGGCGUCCAAGUGUGGGCGGGACGGUGUCUCUCGCCGCGGCCACGGUCCUGGCGGGAGUGCUGCUGGCUGACUUAUUGGCCGGUGCGCAGAAGGAAGCAUAUUCCCACGUCCGGGAGAAAGGGAUCGCUCCGGCAUCAAGUGUCAUGGAUGCGAUUAAGAUCCAGGAGAGAUACCGUUCGUACGGCCAUUGGGAAAGGAGCCCACGGCACAGUGUGGCCGACUCGGUCAUACCCGGGCAACAUAUCCGGAGGUAUGUCCUCGAUGAGAGACGCGCGCCGAGCUCUGGUCGCAGUGAUUGGCGAGGACAUCUCACUCUAGGACUUGAUGCAGGCAAUGCUCCGGAGCGAGAGAAGGCGGUGACCUCCUUCUGCGAGGAGGUAAUGUCGCAGAAGGAGGCCGCUGAGCGAGAGUGCGAGCCGUGCGGGCGGGGCGCCCGCAGCGAGACCGCUGCGGAUGGCGCGGAUACUCACCCCCUUCUCGGAAAGGGGAGGCAGGGCAAGGCGCGAAGGCUCAUGUGGUCCCCGGGUCCCUCUUGGCGGGCGACAAAUGUUCGCUGGACGAACCCCUAUUAG